CGAAAAUACAUGACCGGAAGUGUUACUAUUGUUCUGGAAGGCAGAACACAGGCGUUAGGAAACGUUACCCAGCAAGUGGCACUUAUUUAUUUUUAACUUAUAUUUCUUGACACACAGUCUUUUAUUUUCCUCGGUAAACUGUCGGUAGAACUUUAACGGUCGAUCGAAACGUCAAAAGCCGCCAUGGCGUCGCCGCUGGAGAUGACAGAGAUGUACGACAACGCUCUGCUGGGAAUCCUGCAGCAUGUUGGAAACAUCCAGGACUUUCUUCAGGUCUACUUCGGGUUUUUGUACCGUAAAACGGACUUUUAUCGCCUCCUGUCGAGUCCCGGCGACAAGAUGGGCUUCCCGCCUGGCGUGGCGGAGAAGAUGGUGCUUAAGACAUUUAAGCUGUUUGAGAAGCUGGCAGAGCACGACAGAGAGAGGCAGCUGAGCGGGAUGCCAAAGAGCGAGGAGAGCAGAUGCGUUCCUCCGGCGGUGCAGGAGCUGGAGGUCGUCACCGAGCCUCAGGAGGAGAGAGAGGAGCAGAGCGCAGAGGCGGCACAGAUGGAGAGCUCCCCCCUGGACGCCGGGCACGUUAAGGCUCCCGACGCCUCGGACGCCACCGGCAGCGGCGGGGCUCCGGGACCGUUAGCCCAGGGAGAGCGGGCAGCUGCCGCCGGCACCAACUCGGCGGAGGAGCAGAGUCAGGAGACUUUCCAGUCUGACCCCGACAGUUACAACGGGGCGGUGAGGGACAACUACAGCUGGUCUCAGGACUACACCGAUGUGGAGGUCCGCGUCUUCGUGCCCAAGACAGUUGUCAAGGGCAGACAGGUCAUUGUUAGUCUGCAGACCGGCAGCGUGCGAGUGUGUGCGAGGGACGGAGCCGAGGAGACAACGCUGAUGGAGGGCGAGUUCACGCACAAGAUCAACACUGAAAACUCUCUGUGGAGCCUGGAACCGGGAAGCUGCGUGGUCCUGUCGCUCAGCAAGACCUCCGAGGUUUGGUGGAACGCGGUGCUGAAAGGAGAGAGGGAGAUUGAUAUAAACCAGAUUAACCGCGAGCGCUCCAUGGCGUCGGUUGACGAGGAGGAGCACGCCGUGUUGGACAGACUCACUUUCGACUACCAUCAGAAGCUGCAGGGCAAACCGCAGAGUCACGAAAUGAAAGUGCAUGAGAUGCUGAAGAAGGGCUGGGACGCUGAAGGCUCACCUUUCAAGGGGCAGCAGUUCGACCCCUCCAUGUUCGACAUCCCACCCAGCGCGGUACAGUUCUGAGGCAAAGCCCCAACUCGGCCGAAUAUGAACUGAAUCCUAGUUUAUUGACAGAACUGGUUGAAAUAAAGUCAACAUUUACCUGCCGGUCUGUUGUGGAGGUUUUCCUUGACCGUAACAGCAGAACUGAGGCUGCCAGUUCGGGUUUGUGGGAAGGGAAUACAGAUUAUGACGAGGACUUGUCAUUCUAUCAAACGUUUAUUUGAUGUUUUGGCAUUAUAAAAUCCGAUGAAUAUGUGCACUUUGUUCACUGGUUUUGCUCUUCAUUUAACAACUCUACACUGCCUAUAUGUUUGUCUUCCCUGUUCGGCGAUUUUGUUCCUAUUUUUCAUUUUUGUUCUCAUACCAAUGCCCCAAACUGUUGAGUAUGUAGUUGUCCCUCAUUGUUAGUUUUGUUUUCAUCUUUGUCAAAGUGUCUGACUGCAGUACAGAAACAGAGCAGAGCCC